AUGUCGACAAUUCAGUCCCUCUCUACGCUCCUUUCUCAAAAAGCGGGUAUUCUUGCACGUGAGCUAAGGAAAUUCAAUCUUGAUAAUUAUGUGUUUGAAGACGAGCAUGCCCCUAUUGAACUUCCACUUCUUAGCGCGGAGGGAUCUAGUGCGAAAGCCGAUGUCAUCGCUGCCGCGGAACAGAUAGUCCGCCUCGCAAGAGGACCACUGGGAUAUCUGCAAACCUAUGCAAGCACGGGAGUCGAGAUCGGAACAAUCAGGGCACUGGUAAAGCUCGGGAUCCCGUCCAUGAUCCCACUUGGAGAAUCCAAGUCAUACCAUGAGUUGGCAUCCAUGUCAGACGUAUCUGUUGAUGUAUUGAAAAGAUUGAUCGGCCUCGCCAGGGUUUGCGGAUUUCUGGCCGUGGACGACCAGGGCAAUGUGAAGCACAAUGCUAUGUCAUCUAUAUUUGUCAAAAACCAGCAAGCAUCCGGAGGGGCUGCCUGGACCAUGGAGGUUUAUUCCAAGUCCUCCCCCGAGAUCUAUGAGUCUUUGCGGCUCAGCCCCAAAGGUGAUGACCCCAGGGCUUGUGCAGUAAGUCUGGCAUACCAGAAAGGCGACGUUCGCCCCACACUGUGGGAAAUAAACGCUCGAUCACCCACUUUGGACAGGCAAUUUCAUGAACUCAUGGCUUCCAGCUGCUCCUCCUCAGUGGAAUCAGUUGAGCAUAUUGUUAAUGGAUUUGACUGGGAAAGCAUCAGCUCUCUUGUUGACGUCGGCGGCUCGAUCGGACAUACCUCCCUUGCUAUCUCAUCUCGUUAUACGCACCUUAGAUGCAUUGUCCAGGACACCGAGAAGGCAAUAAGUCAAGCCUCCGCAACAAACAAGGUGUUCUUCAUGGAGCACGAUUUCUUCCAGCCCCAGAAAGUAGUCGCCGAUGCUUACCUUUACCGUUUCAUACUUCAUGAUUGGUCCGACGAGGACGCAAAGCGUAUCCUGGCUGCAGCGGUUGCCGGCCUGCGAAAGGGAGCGUGGUUGAUUAUUAUGGAUAUGGUGGCCCCUGACCAAGGGACAGUACCUUUGUACAUGGAGAAAUACAUCCGGACUCUCGAUAUUGCAAUGUAUGCUCUGCUUGCAGGCAAGGAGCGUUCUUUGCAUCAAUUCCAGUCCCUAGUUGCGGCCGUUGAACCUCAGCUGCGGUUUGAAGGUUGCUCUUGCCCUCCUGGAAGUGCUUUAAGCAUCAUGACCUGGAGGUACGAGGGUUGUCAGAAAAUUGACAACGGAAAUGGGACUCGCAUGAAUUAA